UGUGAAUGUAUGGGAAGUGAAUUAGAAAUAAUAUUACUGAUAAUCCAACCACCUCAAUCAUAAGGCAGCAGACAGAAGCAGAGCCGCCCCAUACAAUACUUCCAUAAAUCUACGCACCAACUCUUACGCUUCUUCUCAGAUACAUUUUCCUCUUCAGAUACUGCCCUAAAAUUCUCUCAUUGGAUUCCACACGCUGUCGUUUUCUCCAUUUUCAUUUCAUUUUCUCUCCCAAAUUAAAAAGCUUUAACCUUUCCCUCCAUCGUUGCCGCCGCCGCCACAACCGUUCCUCCAGCUCAUCGGAUUCAGGGUUUAACUUUGAUUAGGGGUUUUCCAACUUACAUUAUGAAUCAAUUGGAUCUCGAAUCAUGUACUGAUCAAACGGACAAAAUGCAAGAUCUAUCGGAAAACUGUUGUUCUGAAGAAGCUAAUAAGCCGAAAAUUGAGCCACCUCUGAGCCCUUCAACUCCUGAUGCACACAAAGAGAAUGGGGAGUUCCCUCUGGAUCUUAAGUCCCCGCUCACCGUAGUUAAAAAAAGCUCCAAGGUUUUAACGUUUGAUUCGAAAUCUGACCGAGUUCAGGAGCCGUCGGCCUGUUUUGAUAAAUCUAGUAGCCCGAAAACACCCAAAGAUGGCGUUUUUGAUCCGUUUGCUCCUGGUCCUGAAGAUAAGGUAUGGGCUCCUCAGAGUAAGAAAUACUCUGAGGAAGCGAGGAGUAAUGCUGUGAGACGGCUUAAUUUUAGCUCUUCGUUCAAGGGUUUUGAUAGUAAAGUUGGUUCUUGUGAUGAGGAGGAGUCUAUCUCGGAUGCGGAGAUGUUUGAAUCAGUGUAUGAAAGUCUUUUAGAGGCUAUAUUGUCUAAGCAAACUGAGAGUGUUCUUGCUGAACAAUCAGCAAAUAUGGAAUCGGAGGCUGUUUUGUCUAAGCAAACUGAGAUGAUUGUUGCAGAGCAGUCAACGAAUAUGGAAUCGGAUUCUGAUUCUGAUGCUUGCAAGACACCUCCUUCAGCUCCACGGCUAACUGGAAUUGCGGAUACUUGCCCUGGUGCUCCUAUGAAACCGACUGGUAAUUCAAGGAUUUUUGAUUUUGGAUUAUGCAGAAAACUAGAAUUCUAAUUGGUAACAACGAAAAAUCCGUGUGCUUAUCUGCUUCCCAUCUAUAGUACGACACUCUGAUUAUGACUAAUUUUGCUAGCAGGUAUUAUAUAUUAACUUGAAUCUCUAACCUUUGAGCCUUAUAAGUUAACUUUGGAAUUUAAAGAUUUAGUUCAGACUGGAAUUAGCUUUGACCGAGAUUUAGUUGCUGGUGUAAUAUUGUAUAGUGUUCCAUUUUGUAGACUUCUAUAAGUGUUCUUUGUUCAUGUGCAUGCUGUAUGACACAUUAUGUUAAUACAUUCAUAAAUUUGAAUGUCUUUUGGUUCUCUGUUCGACGGAAUUCUGUUUGAGCUGAAGAUUGACUGUAGUUGGCGACUUAAUGGGAUGACUAAAGGAAUGAAGAAAUAGGUAAAUGUGUUAGAGGUUUGUGUUUUGGUAGCUGUAAUUUGUAAGUAGAUCACAUCCUUUGCAAGGAAUACCAUAAAUUUUCAGGCAACUGAUUCCGUAAACAAUGUACUCUUAUAUGUACAAGACCGUGUGAUUUGGUAAUUUAAAGAACUGGUUUUUCA